AAGCUUCAAAUUAAAUACAUAAAUACUAUUCUUCAUUUCCAUUUAAGUAUAUGCCAUUAACCCGUAAUUUGAAUUUCGAUUAAACAAAAUGACGAUAAAAUAUAGUUUCCAUGGUGAUUUAUAAAUACAUUCUCAUAAAUAUGCAUUUAGUGAUGAGAGAAAGUAAUUUAAAACGCUUAAGUUAUCAUGAGCAUUAGUGAUUACGAGUGAUUAUUUUUGUAUUGCGAUACAUAUCAUUAUAUAUCGCAAUUAAUUCGGAAUAUAUACAAUUUGUAAAAUAUGAGUGUCUCCGAUGCUUCGGUAAUUGGUUCAGAAUAUAUACAAACAAAACGAGCAGAAUUGCGAGAAUUUUUUAAAGACGCCAAUCUUCCCAAGGAACUGAUUGAUAAAAUCAUUGAAAAUGAACUGAAACCAUUAAUGAACACUAAAGAUAAACCCUAUAUUGAAGCUUCUUGUCCAGGAGAAGUAAAAUCGGAAUAUGAAGUGAUGACAGGUCAACCUUUUAGUAAAGUAAAGGAUUCAAACAGGCCUUUCACUACAGAAGAGAUAAAGGAAAUGUUAAAAAAUAAUCCUAUAAUAACAGAAAAGGCACGACAAAUUCAAGUUAUGAGUAAGUCCUUAGAACAUAAGGAAAUUGCUAUACCUCUUGAACAUAUUAAUUUACCAACAUAUAAAGAUAUAAGAGAUGAAAUAAAUUCUGCUAAAGAUAAUAAAGAAAAAGUAAAUAAAAUCAAUUAUAAAAAUAUGCAGGCUCUAAUGAAUUCUGUAACUGGGUGUAAAAAUGUGGCUUUUGAAACAGAAACCAGAACAAACGAUGAAUUCGAGAAUAAUAGUUCUGAUGAUGAUGAGAAAGAAUAUGAGGAGAUAGAGAAAGUGGUUAGCCAAUAUACAAAUAAAUGUUAUGAGACUAGAUAUCAAGAAACAAAAGAUAUGCUUUUGAAGUUAGCUGAUAAAUACGAUAAUUCAGAGGAGACGGAUGAAAUGGAGGAAAAGAAAUUAAAAAUAAAUCAAGACUCUGUUUUAAAAAAAUCAUCCGUGCACUUAAUCAAAGGUCAAAUAAGAAAAUCUGCUUUUGAAGAAAUCAAAGAAAAAUAUGCGAUAAAUGAAGCAAUUAAUAUACCUCUAAAAGAUAAUCCUGUCAUUCCCAAUUUAAGUGGUGAUGUAAAACAACAGAAAUAUGAAAAAGAAAAUAACAAUGACGAAAUAUAUGACGUGGAAAAGGUAUUUCCUAAGAGCUUUGAAGAAAGACUAAAAGACACCGAAAAAGCGCUACGUGAUAUAAAUUCUAUUUUAAAUCAAUCUGAAGAAGCACAUGAUGAAGACAGUUACAGUAAAUUAAAAAAAGAAAAAAUAGAAGAAACAGUGGGAGAUUUUCAAAAGUUGCAAGUUUUAAAUAACAAUGUAGAUACAGUAAACCAAAGUGCUCAAAUAUUUGAUGGAAAAAUGGAAGAAACUUUGCACAACGCUUUAGUUGAUAUAUUUGAAAUAACUGACAAUGAAAACAAAGAUAAUAAGCAAUUAGAAUUUAAUGAAAUGAAGAAUCUGGCUCGUAAUAUCGUUGAAGGUGCUGAAAAUUUAAGUAUAUUAUUCCGUGAAGAUAUAACAAAUAAAUUAAACAGUAUGAAUGAACUAUUAAAUGACGUAAAUGAAGCUUUAGAAAAUUCAAAGAAAUCAAAUAUUGCUUAUCAAAAAAUCAAAGAGCAAAGUGAAAUACAGAAAAGUGCAGUAGCUAUAAUGAAAAGAAACACAAUAACUCAUGAAGAAUCUCCAGUUUUUCUCGAAGAUAAACAAGACAAUAACAAACCUGAACAUUCCACUGUUUCUAAUUCACAAAUUGACAAUAUAAAUACAGCUACAGAGAAAUUGAAUAUUGAAAUUAAAUGUCAUGAAGAUAGAAUUAUUGAAAGUAAAGCUAACUACGAACUAAGGAAUACAGAGUGUAAAGAAUUUAUUAAAGAAGUCGAUGAUAUAUUGCAAAAAUCGCAUGGUAUUUUACAUCCUACGAAAGACUCAAGUACUGAACAAUGCAUGGUUCAUGACAACAAAAAGCCUACCCAAGCAUCAACAGUUGAUAACAAUAAAGUUACAGAAUUAAAAGAUAAUAGUAAAAAUGUACGUAAAGAAUUAUGGGACAUUGACAUACAAUAUAAAGAUGAUAGAAAUAAAAAGAUGGCUGAAUUUAAACAACAAGAAUUAGAAAGAAACAAGAGAAUUAAUGAUUUACUUUUUGAUAUAAAAGACAAAAUGAAAGACAACAAAGAAGUCCUAAGAUUAGCAAACAAUUUGCUAAGGAGAGAAGAAUCUAGAAAGAAAGCCUUAAAUGAUAACACAUGUAAAAUCCGUGAAUUGCCUUGUGUUGAAACGGAUAUGAGAGCUCAAGGUGAUCACGUCCGAAAAGAUAAAAAUAAAUCAUCAAACGCUGAAGCUAAAUGUAUUCCGAUUCUAGAAAAAAAUAUCACCGAUACUGUUAAAGUUGAUGGCAUUACUAAAGAAGAAAAAAAGAAAAAGCAGGAAGAAGAGAAAGAAAAAGAGACGCAGAGACAGCGCGAAUAUCAGAAAAAGCUGGAAAAAGAGAUGGAAGAGAUAAACAAAGGGCCAAGGAUGACUAAAGAGUUUAUAAAGAAUCAUUGUAGACAACACAAGUUGUAUUGUACACCACAUUUGAAUGACAUAUUAUAUUUACAUUUUAAGGGGUUCGCUAAAAUAGAAAAUCUUGAAGAAUAUACAGGACUUAAAUGUAUAUUUCUUGAAAACAAUGGUAUCCAAAGAAUUGAAGGUUUAGACACUCUUGCUGAGCUCAAGUGUCUGUAUUUGCAUUACAACGUUUUAAGGAAAAUAGAAAAUCUUCAUGGGUGCCCUAAACUUGACACAUUGAAUUUAGAUCAUAAUUUCAUUGCAAAGAUUGAAAAUUUGGACAUGGUUCCUGAUUUGCAUACUUUGAGCAUUGCACAUAAUAUGUUGACUUCGAUUGAGGAUCUUGAGCAUUUACGUACAUGCAACAAUCUAUCUGUACUGGAUAUAUCGUAUAACAGGAUCGAAGAUCCACUAAUUGUUGAUAUAUUAGCGGAUAUGGCUAUAUUAAAAGUUUUGGUGCUAACUGGCAAUCCUGUGGUACGCAAUAUUCCCGCAUACCGCAAGACUCUAACAUUGCGCAUCAAGGACCUGCAAAAUCUUGAUAAUAGACCGGUGUUUCCCCGGGACAGAGCCUGCGCCGAAGCAUGGCAACGUGGCGGCGUUCAGGAAGAGAUUGCAGAGAGGAAACGUUGGAUAGCACGUGAUCAGGAGAAAACGAUGCAAAGCGUUCGCUAUCUUAUACGCAUGAGGGAUGAGAAGAAAGCAGCAAGAGAAGCAAAAGAAAAGGAAGAACGAGAGAAACUAGAGCUUCCAUUAAAGAACGAAGAUAAUAAGACUCAAGAAACUAUUAACCUAAAAGAAGCUAAUGUAACGCAAAAGAUAGAAAAGCUGUCGGCUGUAGAAGAGAAGUUUGGACCAGAAAAAGUGAAAACUAAUGAUGGUGUGGCUGUAGAUAUGCUAACGGGCUCCGAGGAAGAAGACACUACAAGUGAAGAGAGUAGUGAGGGAGACGACGAGAAGGAUGAGACAGCAACAGGCAGGAUAGAAUGGUCUCAAUUGGAUUCUGGAAAGCGUUUAAUCCAAGAAAUAAAGGACGAGCCUGUGCACCAGGCUGAGGAUUACUGGUAUGGAUACAGAGGUAAUCAGAAGCCUGACAAUAGUGGAAAUGAUUUUGCUUCUGAAUUUCAAGCAAUUGACAACCUAUUGUUUAAUCAAACUUCUCAUACGGAUAAAAAGAAACAAACUGAAAUUUUGGGAGAAUUAAAAUGUUCAAAAAGUGUAUCAGAAGUAGAUUCAGCAGUAGCAGCCACAUCCAAUGUUCAGAAAAAGCCCAUGAUAGAGAUAAUUGAAACUAAAAAUCCAAUAGUGCAGGAUACAACAGAUAAUCAAUCUCUUAAAAAAGCUGUUAUAAAAGAAGAGGAUCGCAUUAUUGAAUGUGGUAGGAAAAUAAUUGAAGACAAAUCAAAGACAAUGGAUUCUAAAGUAAAAGACAAAAAACCUUUAAAAAACGUUACUAUAACAGAAGUCAAAUCUGAAAUCGUUAUUCCUACCGAGAUGCUAUUUACAAAUAAAAAUGGAUCAAAUAAUGAUGUUAAUAAUAAAAAAGUUAAAGAUAACGAAUAUAGGAAUGAAGAAAGUGACAGGAAUUCCAGUAGUAAUGUAGAAUCUACUAGUAACAUCCAAAAUGUGCAAGCCAAGGAAGGUGACGAUGUAACUUUCACAAAUUAUAUGCAGCAAUUGAACCCUAAUGAAAAUGAUGAUGAGGAUCUGAAGCCAAGUAAAGAAGAUUUAGAGAUAUUUGCGGAGUUGGAAAGAGAACAGCAGGAGCGUCAGGCUAGGAUAGAUAGGGGAGAACCUGUUAUUGACCCAAUGAAACUAUAUGACAAAAAGACAAUGGAUGCAUUCUAUAAAGCUGAAGAACGACGACCAGCUCAUGAAGUUAAAGAGAAAACUGCAUAUACGACAUAUAACCACGAUAAUGGAUUCGACAGGAUUGCGCUUAGUCAACUUACAGGUGGUGAGAAGCCUGAUGUAACUAAAGUAAAGCUGACACACAUUCCCGGUGCAUUAUUAUACCAGUAUGUAGACACGCAAGCACCCAGUACAGAGGUGCAGUAUGAGAUAAGCGAUGAAGUAAUAGAAUCAGCACCUUCAUCUGGAGAUACAGAAUCAAUAAAUAUAUUAAGCGAUACUGAUACUAGUGAAGAAGAAAUUGAAUUACAAGUUAAAAAUAUUAACAAAACAUCAUACAGACCAAGUACCGCAUCAAUUAAAAUAAAUAAAUAUAUGAAACAUGUUGCAAACACCACUCAAUUUCAAAAUGUUUCCAAUGUUAAUAAACCUAGUACAGUACAACUCGAUGAUAAUGAUAUUAACGUAACAAAUAAUGGUAAUAAUCUAGAUACAGUAAAUAGGGAUGGAAAUAAUGUGAGUGAUGAUAACAAACAAGAUAAUAAAAACAUGAAAGAUGAAGAUCCAAAGGUUUUGACGGAAGAUAUUGUGACAAGAAGUUUAGAACAGGAUGAAACUGUAUUCAAUGAUUUGUCAUUACCGUCAUAUUCUUCGCUGAUGAGCGUGGACCGUUGUGAAGCUAAGAAAUCUAUAAUUGAUACUAUAAAUUCGUAUCAGGACGCUAGAUAUCCUUCUCAAGGCGUGAACUAUUCUGAUCCAAAACAAAAUGCUCGUGUAGAAGAAUCUGUGGCUUCAGAGAUAUUGGAACGAACAUUGCAGUUUGAAGAACGGGAGAUGUACCGACAGAUCGAUGUGCUGAACAGCCACGCGGGGAAGAUUGAUAACAAGACCAAUGCCAUUAUUGAACAUAUAUCUGGUCAUAUGCAAAAUGAGUUUACUUUACCAGAAGUAUCUCGUAUAUUAGAAGUGCAUAUGGAGGCUGCUGAACAAAGAUGGCGGGCUGGAGAAUUUGUUCAUUACGUCCCGACCAGCCCAACAGAAUCAGUCGCUGAUGAAAACGAAGAUACCCUUGUCAUGUCACCUCAUGAUACCUCCUUCGAAGACACCCUAACUGAAGAUAAUGCCAACAAUAAAAUAAAUGAAGAUGAUAAAUUGGAAACUGUCAAUGAAGGUGAAGUAGCAAUGAGAUAUAAUGGAAAUGACUUCGGUAUAUGCAUCAGUGACGAAUCGAUAAUCGAUGUUGACAAAUCAAAUACAGAUUCUAAAGAACACGAAACUGAUUUUGGGAAUGAUUGUACAAAUAUCUCUGCAGAUGCCGAUGAUGUUUUUGAAGAUUGUGUCGAUAGUGAAAUCGAUAAGAAUGAUCGAGAUUUCGAAAGAAAAGAUGAAACUUAUUCGUUGGAAAUGAAGCUAGCUUUAGGUAUUGGCGAUGGAAAUUGCCAGUGAUUUUUAAUGAACCCGCUAAUUUUAUUGUAAUGUUCGAACGGUAUUUAUUGAACGAAAAUCUUUUUAUUGUAAUUUAUUUAAACACGAGAAGCUCGAUUUUUUUUAAUACUUUAACUUUUCUGCGGUUACAACCACAUAGAUGAAAUUAAAUAUUUAAACGAAAGCACUACAUAUAUUUGCAGAUAGGUAUAAUAAAAUUAUAUUUACGUUACUGCUUUUUGCAAUAAACGUAAUGAAAAUAGAGCAUUGUUUCUUAGUUUAUUUGUAUUUAAAUUAACAUUGAUGUUAAUAUAACAGCUAUAGUUUGUACAAGUCAAUUAGUAGAUAUAGAUGGGUGGUUCUAUUUAAGAUGGACGAAAACCAUGUUAAUUCCGGCACGGACUUUUUUUUGCAUUUUAGGCAAAAGAAGUAGUUUGAAUUAUAGCUUAGAUUGUUUCUAUAUUGAUCUAAAACGGGCCAGUCAAAAAAACAAGCUAUGUGACUAUUAUUGCCUUUUAAAAAAUAAUAGUGUCUAGGAGAUUGAGGUUGGAAACAGUGUACUAAGAUUUCAAAUAAUAAGUCAUCGUAAACCAAUGUUUAUUGUAAUCAAAUUAUUUAGGUACUAAACAAUUAACAUUUUCACGUAACAAAGAAUCAUUUGAAAUAGAUUAGAACAUAAAACUCACGGAAAAAAAUCAGAAACAUAAAACUCGAAACUCUUUAUAACCUUUUUACAGGUUUUUAAGUAAUAUUAUUAAUUAUUAUUGAGUAUUAAUAGAGAGGAAUUAAUAUUCAGUCUUCUAUAAUACUUGUCUUAUUUAAUUAUCAACUUAAUCAUUAAUCUUACUGUAUGAUAAUCAUAAUCAGUCAUAUUAUAAUCUUAUAAAACUUAGAUCAAGAACAAACAUUUUUUUUUGUGAAUAGUCAAUAGAAAAUACCUAUAUAUUCCAAGACAAAUUAAAAAUCUUUUAAUAAAAAUUAGCAACUUAAAUGCAAUUUUAGCAAUUUUUAGCAAUGUAUUUUUUUAGCAAUUUCAUUCAUAUGCAUAUUUAUUUGUAGUAGCAGUCUUAUAAGCACUCCGGGCACGUAAAGGUAUCUCCUGGUUUGCUUAAUAAUUUAAUAAUAGAUAAACCAUUUCCAAAAUUAAUACUAAGUCUCAGUAUACUGGUUCAAUCUUAGUCUCCUGCUCAUCAAUUUGGCAGGAGACUAAGGACAGGGGACUGAGAAUAUUUUAGUAAUUGGUUAAUAACAAAGUCUACACACCAUUUCAAUGUUAAAUCAAAGCAAAUAUACUUCAAUAUAUUACUAGAUUUAACUAGUAAAAAAAAGCUGGUUAUUAUUGCCCAUAUCAUACUUACGUGCAGGAUACUGAGGAGUUGAUCGAUCGCGACCUAAUCUCACUCAAACAACUUGCCGCUGCGACUUCAAGAUCCGCGAGCGAGACGUAGACAAACGACCGUUAGCUAACUUCACUUCGAUCGUUUAUUUCAACAGAACACCAACUAACUAGAUUACGCACACUUUGAUAAUUUCAUAAAAUUCUGAUAUAACAGGAGACUGAUGUAAAAGUAAAGAGACAAAAUAUAAUGGAGUAUUUUUUAAUUAAAUUUAAUACUGGUAACGAAAUUACAAAAACACGUUAAAAGUUCAUUUAUUAAGGAUUUAUUUUUCAGUGCAAAAAAAUAUUUUAUUUCUAAAACUGGGUUAUUAUUAAGCGUCAAAGCUUUUAUACAAGAGACAUGUCAGGAGACUGAGAAAUUGGCUCUUCAAAGUAUAAUUUUUGUAUAAUAUGUUUUAGAAUCGAGCUUAUUUUCAGUGCCAUAAUAGAAAAAGGUAGGUUUUCAGGUUUGGUUGCAAAUUAAAGUGAUAAAAUUAAAAAGAAAUAUACGAAAUACAAAGAGCCGUUGAAAAUUCCAUCAAGAAUAGAACCAUCCAGAUAUCUAUCAUAGUUCCAAAGCAAAUUCGAUGUUAGAGGCAAAUCCCCAUAAUAUAGAAACUAGUUAAUUUGCAGUUCGAAGUAAAUUUUAUAUUUUACGGUUUUUCUUGUACCUACCUAAUAAUUUGCAGUUAAUAUUCGCUACGUUUUAUCGUUUGACUAUUUGCGAAGAGAGCCAGCACUAGUGUAGUUGUAUAUUCUUAUCUUUUAAUUUUGUCCAAAGGCGAAUUUUACGCGAUUGCGAUUAGUGGUAGUAACUAGCUAACUAGCAGUCUGGUAACUGCGGACGUGGGUGUCUUGCUUAUUAAUGUAAAAAAUUUUAAUACCUAUCUUUUGUAGUACCUUUGCAGUAAUUUCCUAAAAUAUUAGCAAUCACUCGCACCUAGUUAUAUGGCUCAGUUUAUAUAUAGUCGUUAAAUACCUAGUAAAUAACUAAUUAGUAGUAUGCGAUAUGUUUUAUGAAUGAGAUCGUCCAAAAAAUUGUUGUCAAUUGUUUUGUGAACAAAAAAUUGUACUAAUUUUGUCUGUAAAGCGAUGCGUAAAGUAUUUGAUAGAUUCGUUUGCCAGCUGUGUGUAAGAGUUGUAUCGAUUGUGCUGAAAGCGAGAGUGGACGGGAGAGGAGUAUCGCUAAAUUGGUACGACCAUUCAAGUGAAAUGAUAGAUUGUUGUAAAAUAAAGUCGCUGACAUUGAGCUACUGAAAGCAUU